AAAAUUGAAACCGUAUGAAAUGGAAUUCACUAACUUCUAUUAUUGCACCCUCUUUCUUCUUUACCAUUCUAGUUCAAUUGGAGAGAAACAGCGCCUCCCUUCUUCUCUCAACACUCACCGCAGAUUGCUCCUCUCUCGCGGCGUCAGGUUUGGGACCGGUGAGUAGCAUCGCCAGCUCCUCCCCCUUUCCUCACAGCGUCGGUCCCUUCGAGCUGCCUGGGGGUCGGUCGCUGUCGGGGCUGCCGUAUCACUGCCCCAUCUGUCGAGCUCGUCUGCCGCCUCCAGCGGCGUGCUGUGUAGCUGCAGCCCGGUGUAGCCCCGCCCCCUACUCUAAGCUAAGUUUCUUCCCUCCAGUUCUUAGUUUACUUAGUUGCGUUUUUGGGGGCAGCAACUAUGUGGAAUUAGAGGUCUUUGUAGAAAAUGAUACACCAAAAAAUGCAUAGAAGCAUAUAGCAAACAGAGAUGAAAAAUAUGAGAAAGAGAGAUUUUUAUUUCACUCAAAAAUCAAUCGUUCACAAUGAAGUGAUCAUCUCUUUUAUACUAGGAAGAUGAUGCAUUCUAGAUCUAAAAUAACCAAUGAAAAGCUAGCUAACAAGAUCACUAAUUCAGCUGCAAGUAGCUGAUUAUUUCUCACAAAGCUAUCAACUAACUACCUUCCGAGCCAUGUCAGCACCAACGGCUCUUUUGCCUCAAACUCCAACGUCUCUUUUGUUCCUCAUACUCGAGCUCAUUUCUCAGCCGCAUUAGAUCAAGAUCUCUAUGUAUUUGGUACGUUCAUGAAACACCGGGUUGGAGCUGAUGUGCACAACAGCUUGGUUGUCACAAAAUAAUGGCACUGCCUUUCCUCUCUCAAUACCAAAAUCCUUUAGGAAUGCAGUGGCCCAAACUACCUCAAAAGUUGCCUGUGCCAUAGCAGGAUAUCGGCAGAUGAUCUUGAUAUAGUGUUUUGCUUCUUUGCCCUCCAAGAUAUCAAAGAAAAGCCAAUGAACAAGCAAUAUCCAGUCAUGGAUUUGCCAGUGUCUGGACACGCUGCCCAGUCAACAUCAAAAAAUAUACUAAGGCUUGAUUGAUUGGUAGUAAUACGUCCGAUAGAGAUAGUUAUAUAGGCUUUUCUAGCUGAUUGAUUGGAAUGUUAGUCUACCCACUUGACCCGGGUUUGUUUUCUUGACCCGCUAAAAUUUUGUUUAUUAUCUACCAUUCACAGAAUAGGCAAUAUCACCAACACCCCUCCGAUAGUGUGAAACCCAAAUUUCCCGAUAAAAUUUAGGGCACUUUGCGACCAUUUUGCCCUUCAAUUCCUCUUCUUCUUCGUUGUGGCAUCACCCCAAAUUGAAGUGAUAGCUCCAACACUUGAGUUUCUCCAGCUGUGGCCAUAAGAGGACGAUCGAUUUAGAGGCGAAGGUAUUAGCGUAGAAAUGACAAACGAACUAACUCAGACUAAGGUUGCACGUCGGCGGAAAGAGCUAUCAUACUUCAUGCUAAUGCUAGAGGAGAUAAUUACAAGCCAUCGCUUGAAUAUGUUGGUUAUUUGGAUGUUAAUCUCCAUUAUCAUAUCCAAGAAGACCAAAAAAACUAGAAGGUUUUGGACAAAUAGGUUUUCAUUGCUCAAGCGCAUUCCGGCGAAUGUACACCAUAUCAACAGUUUGGUUGGUGUAAUUGAUCGGUCCUGCAUGGAUAAUCUACGCAUGGAUAGGAACACAUUCGGUCGACUAUGUCGUUUAUUGAAGGAUGUCAGUGGUCUUGUGGAUAAGAAGUUUGUCACCGUUGAAGAAAUGGUAGCAAUGUUCUUGGGUAUACUAGCUCAUCACAAUAAAACUCGUGUGGUUGGUUUCCAUUUCCUCCGCUCAUCGCAGACCGUUUGUCGCUACCUGCACGUUGUCUUAUAUGGAGUGCUAAAGCUUCAUGAGAUUUUGCUAGUGAAACCUGAACCUGUUGAUGAAAAUUGCACCGAUGCAAGGUGGAAGUGGUUUAAGGGUUGUCUAGGAGCAUUGGACAGGACAUAUAUCAACGUUCGUGUUCCUGCCACAGAUCUUCCCAGAUAUCGCAAUAGGAAAGGACAAAUAUCCACCAACACAUUGGCUGUAUGUGACCGCCAUCUAAGAUUUGUCUAUGUGUUACCUGGGUGGGAGGGAUCUGCCAGGGACUCGAGGAUAUUGCGAGACGCGCUCAGUAGACCACUUGGCUUCAAAGUACCAAGAGGACAAUACUAUUUGUGCGACAACGGGUAUGCGAAUAGUGAAGGCUUUAUCACUCCAUACAAAGGAGUUAGAUACCAUUUGAAAGAAUGGGGACCCUCUUGUCAUGCCCCUCAAACAUCGGCAUAAUUGUUCAACAUGCGCCAUACCAAGGCUCGGAACAUAAUAGAGCGAGCCUUUGCUGUGAUGAAAGUGCGCUGGGGGAUUCUUCGCAGUGCAAGCUUUUAUCCGAUUGAUGUGCAAACAAAUCUUAUUAUUGCUUGUUUUUUGCUCCACAAUUUCAUUCGCGGUCAAAUGGAGAUUGAUCCUCUUGAAGUGCAAAUGGAUAGCCAAGGGGAUGAUGGCAGUCGAUCUGAUCCUGAUGAUGAUCGAGUGGAUUUCAUACAGAGCAUCGAACCUACCACCGCAUGGGCUAAGAAGAGAGACGAUUUAGCAGCUGAAAUGUGGCUUGAUUUCAGUUCAUAAUUUGUUGAUGAAACUGUUCUACUUUAGAACUUGUUUUCAUUAGUUUCAAUAUGUUUUUGUUUCUUUCUCCACAACGUUGCUCACAUCUUGCUAAGUAUCCAUUAUAUUAUGUACAAAUGAAUUGCAGAGUUUGCAAUAGCAAAAUAUUAGUCAAAUUGAGAGAUUUUUUGGCUCCCAAAAAGCAAA